CUACAGUUCAACGCCCAAAAUGGCGGCACGAUUGAAAAGUUUUUGCUGGUUCCAUCGAGUUUGUCUUUUUAACAGACCUUUUCCGUAGUUGCUCUAGGCAGGCGCCGUGUCUUUUUUUUUUCUUUAAAGUCACUGAUAAUCAGGGUUUUUGUCUAACUGGUAAGCCGUAAGAGGGGAGCUGGGAUGGCGAGUUGCCAUCAGCUCCUAACUGGGUAUCUCUUUAGAUACACAGUGCUAAAAUAAAUUAGCCUAGGAGGCUAAACGCCCUUAGGUAGGUGCUGUUUUAAAGCUCCUGUGGUCUUACCCAGUCUCACAUAGAUCUCCGGGCUGAAGGGAGAAUGAAGAAGACAACUUAGAGAUGGAGGAAGAUGUGAAAAAAGUAAAAAAGCCGGGGAUUGUGUCUCCGUUCAAGCGGGUCUUUCUGAAAGGAGAGAAGGGAAGAGACAAGAAGGCUCAGGAGAAAUCCACAGAGCGCAGGGCCCUCCAUACCUUCUCCCUGUCUCAGCCUGACCACCGCAUUGACCCUGACAUUCUGCUUAAUGAUUACAUUGAGAAGGAAGUAAAAUAUUUAGGGCAGCUGACAUCAGUUCCAGGAUACUUGAACCCAUCGAGUCGAACAGAGGUUCUGCAGCUCAUUGACAAUGCAAGAAAAUCCCAUCAGUUGGCGGGCCAGCUGACAUCUGAUCAGGACGCAGUUGUAAGCUUGUCUGCGUACAACAUCAAGCUUGUUUGGCGAGAUGGAGAAGACAUCAUCCUUAGAGUGCCAAUCCACGACAUUGCUGCUGUUUCAUACAUCAGGGACGACUCUCUGCACCUUGUGGUGAUAAAAACAGCUCAAGAGUCAGGAGGCUCUCCCUGUCCCAGCUCAUGUCCUGACCUAAACAAAUCCCAGACUCUCAGCUCCCUGUCAGAGAGCGGGGCUGUGCUGGUGGAGGUCUGCUGUCUUCUUGUCCUAGCAGUUGAUAAUAAGGCAGCAGCGGAGGAACUGUGUCUUUUGCUCAGCCAGGUCUUUCAAAUUGUUUACACAGAAUCAACUAUAGACUUUCUAGACAGAGCCAUAUUUGAUGGAGCUACAACGCCUACAAGACACCCUUCUUUGUACAGUGACGAUUCUUCAAGCAAAGUAGAUGUCAAGGAGGCUUUUGAGAGAGAAACCAGCCCGUUUCCUUUCCAGGCCACAGAAGGAAGCUCUCCAUCUACAUCCACCCCUGCAUCCCCUCAGACAAAGGCCCCAAGUGAAGGAGAACUCAGCACCACUGCUGCAGAGCUUCUGCAGGACUACAUGACUACAUUGCGAACAAAGCUAUCAUCGCAGGAGAUCCAGCAGUUUGCAGCUCUGCUCCAUGAAUACAGGAAUGGUUCCUCUAUUCACGAGUUCUGCAUCAACCUGCGGCAGCUCUACGGGGACAGCAGGAAAUUCCUCCUACUUGGCCUGCGUCCCUUCAUACCCGAGAAGGACAGCCAGCACUUUGAAAACUUCCUAGAGACCAUCGGAGUGAAGGACGGCCGCGGCAUAAUCACGGACAGCUUCGGCCGCUGCAAACGCACGGCCAGCUCUGCCUCCGACUCCACCACCAAUGGCAACGGAGCGGCGGGAGAAAGCGGCGACAGCACGGCGUCAGAGGAGGGCCGGGACGCCUCCGAGGGCGACGAAUGGGACCGUAUGAUUACUGACAUCAGCAACGACAUCGAAGCUCUUGGCUGCAGCAUGGACCAGGAGGCGGUGACCCCCUGACCUGUUGACGUGAAACCAUGGCCACGCCUCAGACGGGCGGUUGGCUUUACUAAAGCGGAUCAGAUGAAGGUGGUCCAUAGCACUGACCUAAGAUUUGGUUAUUUGUUUAUUCCUCUAAUUAUCAAGAGGACGUUCUAUUGGCCCUGCACAUUUAAGGAAAAUCUUUCUGUCGAGUCGGCUUACGCACUUAUGCAGACCUUGUAGUGGACUUGCAGUUAUUGUUUUACAUUUCAGCUGGAUUCACCUCAGAGUUAUUUUUAAACUUUAUCUUUGGUUUUGUACUCAUUUAUUGGCAGCAUCUGCCACUUCUCUCUGUGAUAAAGCUUAGCUCUCCAGUCAGCGCAGCAGCGACUGGAGAAUCCACCGGUAGACUGUGCACACAUUUUAAAAGGUUAAGACUGAGAUUUGUAUCUUAAUUUAACCAUAAAUUAAUCGGCUUCAUCCACCUUCGGUUUUUUCAUUUGUUUUGAUGUAAGGAUGUAACAUUUUGCUAUGUGUAGUAUCGUAAGUUCUGCUUUUACCUCACACUUUGUUAAUCAGUGCUUACUCAGUUUAUAUGUUUCUGCCUUAUUCAAACUGACCUAGAAGAUGCUGUAAAAACAGUCGCAUUCUUUUAAAGCCACAUAGUGUGGACUGUAUUUUAUUUGACAAGGCCAGCUUAUGGAUGGUUGAUGUAAAUUGUUUUCAACAUUCAGGUCAUUUUUGUGUUACAUUAAAUUUGUUGUUGUGCCUAAACACUGCAGUACUGCUGCCAGCAAGUUCUUAGUGACUCUUAGAGCAGUUCUGCAGCAAGUUGUGGUUAUUACAUAACAAAUCAAUUACAUUGAUUUAUAUUUUGGUAUUGCAUAAUUGCAAGCAUCAUGAUGUUGCAUAAAAAAAACACGUGUGA